AUGUUCAAGCUGAUUGCUGUUCUUGCGCUGCUCGCCAUUGCCGUCUCGGCACAGACUCCCCAGCCGUGCUCCACUCCGUUCGAGUGGCAGGGUGACAUCUUCGUUGUGGACCCGGAGAAGCAUGCUGCGGCUAUUGCCCAGAUCUCGUACGACUCGCUCCACCAGCGGACCAACACGUACGAGCGUGUCUACGCCAACGGCAAGCACUACGACUUCCAGUUCCUCGCCCUCUACCAGGACAACGUCGGCUACGAGAUCAACCUUGAUGACAAGACUUGCAAGGCUGUCCACAUUCCCUCGGGCACCUUCCGCCCCUUCGCCCUCCCCUCGAACGCUACCUUUGACACCGAGCUCACCCUCGGCCUUGCCCUCGAUGUCCAGGUUUGGUCCGGCCAGUUUGCCGACCCGCGUGGUGGCCUCAUCCGCUGGAUGGGUGGCGUCACCGCUGACGGCUGCAUCCCGGUCUUUGAGGACGUCGCCAUGGGUGACGGUAACUUCAUCCACCAGACUUUCUCCAACAUCGUCAUCGGCAUCCCCAACAUCAACAUCUGGAUCCCGCCCAAGUACUGCAACACCGCCGAGGUUCACGCCGAGUCGUCGCCCUUCAACUCGCGCUUCUAA